AUGCUCGUAUCGGCCUCCUACCGCGGUCCCUAUCAGGCCGGCAGGCCUAGCCUCACCACCCUCCUCGGCGCGUCCAUCCUCGUCUCGCUUCUCGGCGCACGCAGGCCCUUCCCGGUCGCUCUGGCACAGACCCAGAGCGCCAACGACUCGGUGGCCGAUCAGUGGCUCCACGAGCUGUACAGCGUCUUCGGUAUCGGGCCUGGGGGCUCCACGACGCCCGUCUCGAGGAGCGCGACGGAGACGUCGGCGGAGUCGGCGAGUUCUGUGUCUGGCUCAUCGGCGAUUACUACGACCUCUGUGCUUGCAGAUGGUACUACAGAGAGCUUUACCUCGACGAGCGGGAAUCUCAUCUCGACAAGCGGGAACCUUACCUUGACGACUGAACGCCCCGCCUCGACGACCGAAAGUUUGAGCUCGACGGUCUCCUCCCAAGUCCCUGCGCAAACUCAAUGCAGUCGAGCGGCGAGCGGAAUCAUUCCCAAUGGUACCUCGUCCACUAAUGGAACCAGCGUCCAGGACCGCGCCGUGUUCGCGAACUUCGUAGUCCGGAAUGCGGAGACGUACACGGUAGACUGCUGGACCGAAGACAUUCAGCUGGCGGCCUCGGCCGGAUUCGAUGCGUUCGCACUCAGCGUAGGCAACGGGACUGGCGAGUCCCAGCAAGUCGCAAACGCGUUCGAGGCCGUCUCCAGCUUCAACUCCAAUCUGACGAACAGCACUUCUGAGUCGGCCUUCAAGCUUUUCCUCUCGUUCAACAUGACCUCCCUCCCGUGCUCGAGCGCACAGGACGCCCUUGUCCUUCAGGAAUACAUCGAGACGUAUGCCAACGCUACGAACUACUACAGAUACAACGACAGUAUGCUCGUGUCGACGUUCGUCGGGGAGGACUGUACGUUUGGACAAGGCUCUGUGGACGACGGGUGGAAGUUCGCAUUCAGGUCAGGAAACGGCUCGACGAUUAUUCCCGACGUAUGGUUCGUCCCCGCAUUCCGGGGCGCAGCGGAUGCUUUGUCGAACACGACUGUCGUCGACGGAGCGUUCAAUUGGGAUUCCGCAUGGUCUAAUGCGACGAGCUUCGAUGGCGAUCAGUCGUAUAUCUCCCAUCUAGGAAAUAGGACGUACAUGGCCGCAGUCUCCCUAUGGUCAUUUACGAACGAUGGAAGCAACAAUGCCACUUGGUGUAGAGCAGGCUGGUUCUUCGGGGACCGUUGGAACACGCUCAUCGAGAAUCGCGCCAGCGUUCCACUGGUACAAGUCGUAACAUGGAAUGAGCCACUCGGCGAUUCAUAUAUCGGACCUUUUAACCUGUCAACGACGCACCCACUCAGCCCGAACACCACAGAGCACUCAAGUCGCCGGCGCUCGUUGACGAGGCGGGGAGAUACUGGGCAAGGCAUCCUAGCACGGAUCGCACCUUUGAUGGCCUACUACAUCAUCGGCUUCAAGACCGGCUCCUACCCAUCCGUGACACAAGACAUGAUUUUUCCCUGGACGAGCCUUUCCCCGAAGAGUGACAACUGUUCACAAGCCUGCUGCGAUAGCGAAUGGAUCCAAGGACAACUGUGGGCAUAUGCGCUCCUACCGGCUCCCGCGAAUGUGACCCUGUCUUGUGGCGCAUCCUCAAACAGCACUUCCUCAAAUAGCACUUCAGCCCCCUCAGGCCUUUCCGGCAUCGAGCUCUCUCUCCCGCUAGACGGCUGCAAGAUUCAAGUGGGGAUCACAAGAAACUCGACGAGUUCCGUAAACCUAACGCAGCAUGAAGAGUUACUAGGCAAGAAAAAUGUCCCUGGUUGGGCUCUGUACGAGGGAAACAAGUCAGAGGGUCUGACAGUCAUCGUACCAGCCAUUUCUAUGAGCCAGAAGCCGCAGAGCGUUUUCGCUGGUACUUAA